AUGGAGAAACUUCGCGACUCAAUUUCGAAUCUCAUCGCCGCAGCCAAACCUAUGGAAAUCCGCCCGAGACUCAUACGCGAUUUCCUGCAGGAAUCAGAAUCAUUCAACCAAGUCAUACAGGAUCCAACACUAUAUCAGAUCACAUCAGAACGCGAAUGGGCUGCUUGUAUCGCUUUAUUCGAUGGGCUUGCCUCCCGCCUCACAAACCAAUCCACUCCAUAUCCCCAACAAUUCCGAGAAUGGGAUUUGGCACAAUACAAGUGGCUUGACAUUGGCUAUUGCACGCGCCUCCUGUACGAGCUUACACUAUCCCUUCACGUUACUGCCCAAGAAAAACUACAACCUGUGCCUACCAUCACGCAACAACACUUGCUGAAGUUCAGAGGCAAAAUUUUGACGCAUGUCGCGGACGAUCUGCUCUAUCUGCAGCAUCAGAUACGACAUUUGUCCAGCUUGUCGGCGCCGACACUGGUAGCUGAGGAUGCAAAAACGGACACGAGUGACGAGAAUCUCGGGCAGUUGACUCACUGUAUAUUCGACGCCGGCCUCCAUCCCACAUCGUCCAAUCCAGAAGUGCGGGAAUUGCGGAAAGACUUCCUGUCAAAGGUCGCUCCUCCAAGAUCGGCAGAAUAG